ACUAACAAAGAAGGUGUUGUAAUGGUUACUUUCUCUACUCCAGAGGAAGCUGAUUCUGCUAUACCCUUCCUUAAUAAUGCACUCUUCAGCUAUCCAUCUCCUUGUGGUAAAAUAAACAAGAUUCGCCAACUGGAAGUUUCUCGUUGGGAUGGAAAGACUCAAUAUGCUGGCACAGAAACUGAGGCCGAAGCUUCUGAACGACUGGCCCGAUGGAGUGAAUUUAUAGGUGAUUCUGAGGAAGAAGAGGAAGAGGACGAUAGAAAAAAUCAGGGCCUAUCCCAUAAUACAAAAACAUCUGCCUGCUCAUCCUCAACAGAUGCCUCUGGAGACAGUUCUCCUUUAGUAAUUGCUCCAGAAUUACAUUUGCCUUUAGAAACUUCUCAGAAUAGAGAUAAUGAUCGUGAAGAGGAAGGUGAUCGCGAUGAUUAUAAUGCUAAAAAUUCUGAUAAAUUAACAUCUAAUUCCAAUGAGACGUCAAAAUCUCGUUUUAGUCCUGAGACAGAUAACGAGAUUCGGCUACCUCAUUCACACGAAACUGUUGAUCUUGCAUCUACCUUCGAUUAUGACACUGAUGAGCUUGAAGACCUGGAUCGGCAUAGUGGAGCAGAGACAGAUUGA